AUGAAGAUCGCCUUCUUCUCUACGCAUGGCUACGACAUUAAUUCGAUGGAGCGUGUUGCCAAAAUGGAAGGUAUCACCCCUACGCAUGAACUCAAAUUCUUCACCUCGCGUCUCGAUGCUGAUUCUGCAAAGUUGGCUAACGGGUGCGAAGGUGUGUGUAUCUUUGUCAAUGACGUUGCCAACGAGGCUACUCUACGCAUUUUAGCUACGGGUGGCACCAAAGUCUUGUUCUUGCGCUGUGCUGGUUUUGACAUGGUAGACUUAAAAGUCACAAAGGAACUAGAUAUGCCAGUUGUUCGUGUGCCUUCCUACUCUCCAUAUGCAGUGGCUGAGCACGCUGCUGCUCUCAUGAUGACGCUGAAUCGCAAGAUUCAUCGGGCGUACAAUCGGACACGUGAGCAGAAUUUUCGACUCGCUGGUCUGUUAGGUUUCGACCUGAAUGGCAAGACCGUUGGUGUCGUCGGCACGGGAAAGAUUGGCGCUCUCUUCGCUCGCAUCGUAGCUGGUUUUGGCUGCAAAGUCAUCGCUUUUGACGUGCAGCAAAACCCCGAGGCUCUGAGUUAUGGUGUCGAGUAUGUCAGUAAGGAUGAGCUUUGGACUCGGUCAGACAUCAUUUCGUUACAUUGUCCGCUAUUACCGUCCACUAAACAUAUGAUAAACUCCGAGAGCAUUGCAAAAAUGAAGCAAGACGUAAUGCUGAUCAAUACUAGUCGAGGAGGUCUCAUCGACACUAAGGCUCUCGUGAAUGGCUUAAAGAGCCGAAAAUUCUCUUCUGUUGGUCUCGAUGUAUUUGAAGGUGAGGAAGACUACUUUUAUGCGGAUUGUUCGGGCUCUGUCAUUGCCGAUGAAACCCUUGCUCGUUUAUUUACUUUUCCCAAUGUUAUCAUCACGGGCCAUCAGGCAUUCUUUACCGAAGAGGCCUUACACAAUAUUGCCCACACUACUAUGGCUAACAUUAAAGCUUACCAAGCUAAGGAGAAUCUGGUGAAUGAGGUCAAAUAA